CCGCACAGCUGCACGUGUCCACCCCCACUGCCUCUUCUCCCCUUUCUUUGCCUCUGACCUCACACACCCCCUUUGCUCUCCUGAACGCCUUUCUGCAGAGAGAAUUACUGUAUCAGAAGGAGACCUAGUCCUUCAAGUCCUUUCCUUCUCCUUCUAACCCUAGAGAGGCUGACAGUGACUCAGAUUUCUGAGGAGAGGGUGCUGUGUGCCGAGCCCUCUGAGGAAACCCAGGCCCUGAGAGGGUGCUGAAUGUAAGUGUGUUGAAUCCAGAGCGUCUUCCCACGAAGAACCUUCCUGAGGUCGGGAAGAUCGAGCCCAGCGUGUUGGCAGACGAGGACAAAGAGUUCUGAGCCCUGAACCUAGAACAGAGUGGCCUGUGCCGCUCAGUGUGUGGCACCUGGACGCGGAGAGCAGAUGGAAUGAGAGGCCUGGGGCAGUGGGGCGGACAGUGAUGCUUUCUUUCUGGGCAGGAGUUGGAAUUUUCAAGGGCAAAUGGUCAGCUCUUGCAAAAGUAGUCCAAAGGGCAGAUAGGUAGGGAGAGAAUAGAAUGUUCCAGAAAGAUAGUCAUCAGGAGGGCAAUUGGAGACUUCAUGUCAGAGAGCCUGGAGGCCACACAGCCAGCACAGCCUCCUGAUCGAGGAUACCAGACUCUUCUGAUCACAGCCUGUCUCUGUCUGUCCCCUGCAAAGCCAUGUGGCUGUACCUGGCAGUGCUCGUGGGCCUGUACUACCUCCUGCGCUGGUACCGGGAGAGGCAGGUGGUGAGCAACCUCCAAGACAAGUACGUCUUCAUCACGGGCUGUGACUCAGGCUUCGGGAACCAGUUGGCCAGGCAGCUGGACCUGCGAGGCUUGAGGGUGCUGGCUGCCUGUCUGACGGAGAAGGGGGCCGAGCAGCUGAGGGACCGGACGUCAGACAGGGUGCAGACGGUGAUCCUGGAUGUGACCAAGACAGAGAGCAUCGCUGCAGCCACCCAGUGGGUGAAGGAGCGCGUGGGGGACAGAGGACUGUGGGGCCUGGUGAAUAACGCUGGUGUCUUCAUGCCCUCGGCACCCAAUGAGUGGCUGACCAAACAGGACUUCGUGAAGAUCAUCGACGUGAACCUGCUGGGGUUGAUUGAGGUGACUCUGAGCCUGCUGCCCCUAGUGAGGAAGGCGAGAGGCCGUGUGGUCAACGUCUCCAGUGCCGCGGGCCGGUUGGCCAUUUGUGGUGGGGGCUACUGCAUCUCCAAGUAUGGCGUCGAGGCCUUCUCGGACUCCCUCAGGAGGGAGCUCUCCUACUUUGGGGUGAAGGUGGCUAUUAUCGAGCCUGGUUACUUCAAGACCAACAUGACCAGGCAUGAGAAUUUUUCUCAGGGCUACCAGGAGGCCUGGGAGCGGGCCCGUCCAGAGAUCAAGGAGAUCUACGGGGAGAAGAUCCUGGCAUCCCUUAUUAAAUCACCUGAAAUAUUCAAGCCAAGCUACUGGGAGAAUGUGUCCUUGGUCACAGACUGCAUGGAACAUGCCCUGACUUCCUGCCACCCCCGUACCCGAUACUCACCUGGCUGGGAUACCAAGCUCAUCUACCUCCCCAUGAGCUACAUGCCCUCUAUCCUGGUGGACGCCAUCUUCUACUGGAGCUACCCAAAGCCCGCCAAGGGCCUGUAGCCAAGCCUGGGGUGCACGUUGUACCUUGGCCCUGGCCAGUCUCCCCUCCCACAGGAUGGAAAGGCCUGGUGAAGGAGAAGAGCCCUCUCCACUGAAGACAUCUGUGGACAGAGGUGGAGGUGUGGAGGGAGACCAACAGCCUGACCCCUCAGCCUCAGGUCCAAGUCAGCAGACCUCGCUGGAAGGUGGUGUGCUCAAUAGGGUUACUGACAGAGGACACAGAAAUCAACUUUUGAUUUGUCUUGAAAGCAUGGAUUUCCAUUCCUUAUUUUUGCCUCAAAAUAAAACUUGAAAAGUUUA